UCAUACCGAUGUUCGCAACUCACCUAUCACGCUCUUUGCUGGCCACCAGGCCGAGGCUAGCGUCCUCCUCGCGCUGCGUCAACGGCAUGGCGCGCGGAAUGUCCCCUUCGCUCCACCGUCCUUCUCAGCCAGCCGCACCGCGGAAGUUUCGAUGCGGGGCGCACGCUUGGUCGAUGCCUCGGGGAUCCCUCCGUCGCGAUGACCGCGAAGCACGAUUCGGCUCCGGACUAUCCACCGUGGUCGCUGGUCGCAUCAACUUCAGGAGGAACGUGUCCGCGUCGGCGAAGCCGAAGGGGGGCAAGAAGGAGAGCGACGACGAUGCGAUUGACGACGGCGAGCUCGAUGUUGACGAGGACUUUGACGAUGCCGAGCUCGCCGAGAUCGAGGAGAGCGGCGAGAACGAGAUCGAGACCGACGAAGCCUUCUUCACAGGGGGAACGGAGUGGGGCCAGAUGGGGCUCGACGUCCUGAGGGAGGUUCUAAAUGAGGACGAGUUCGAUGGCGAGCUGGAAAUUUUCUCGUACAAGGUAUCCGCCGAGCGCAAGAGGAUCUACAUCAGCAUCGACGCCGUGAACGACAAGUUCGGUUCCCCCACGCUCGACCAGCUCGGCGCAGUGAGCCGCACGUACAACACGGUGCUCGAAGAGAAGGGGUUCCCAGACGACGUGGCGCUGGAGGUUGCGUCCCCCGGCGCGGAGCGACAGUUGCGGCUACCGCUCGAGUUGGAGAGGUUUAGGGAUCUGACGAUGAAGGUGACGUACGCGGCGAGGGCGGAGGAAGACGGCGCGGAGGGGACGCGCACCAAGGUACUAGACGUUGAGGACAUCGACGAAGACGGAUCGCCCACGUUCAAGCUCGCGGACGUCGAAGAGAACAGGCCGCAGGCGAAGAAGGGACAGGGGAUGAACAAGAAGCAACGCGACUGGCGCCUUAAGCUUGAUGUUGGCGACAUCUCCAAGGCGAACCUCUACGUCGGGUUCUGAGCGUCCGAACGUUGAUGAAUGCCUUUAUCGCUACUUUAUUAUUAAUGGGAGCCAACGUCUCGUU